AUGGCGGCUGCCGACCGAGCUUCUGAGCCCCCACAUGUCCAACCCUUAUCGGCGCAGCCAGCAAGCGAGCACACCCAAGAGGACCGCAUAGCGGCAGCCUUUGACCUUUUCUGGACAUGGUGGCAGGCCAUACUGGCACAGAACCAAGCAGCCACCCGACUGCCUGUCACCUCUCCUUCAAGUAUGCCUGCGCUGAAAUGCAUCGCUAUGCCUCCGACCAACACAAAGCAGCAGAGGGCAACAAGAGCUAGAUUUAAAGACCGCAGAACGAGCACCCGACACCACAAGCCUGGGUCCCGACUGGCUCGGAGAGCCACUAAACGCGGCCCGCCGCUCUACAUACUAAAAUGGCGCACUCGAGGGGCCUAUACUCAGCCUACACCAAGCGAAGCCAAGAAAGCCUAUCAACACCUUACCCACGUGCAGCGAUACACAGCCGCAAACAGUACUCCGAAGGGCUAUGCCUCUACAUCAAGGGGACAUACAAAGACCCACACUCACCAAACCACGGGGAGCGGAGAAGCUGCCACACCACCAAGUAUACAUCCCCACCACCCAAGGCACUCACGCAGGACCGGGAGGCAGCGGCGGAGUCCUUCUAACCUUCAUGACCCGUGA